GAGUUUUGACAGUCGCUCCAUGAAAACAGUCGACUGAGAGUAAACAGUAAAUGUCCUGGCGUGUGUUUUGUGCUCCAAAAUUUGUGUUCUAUUCUGGUCUUAACAAGAAUUACUGAAAAAUGGACUUUCAAAAUCGCCCUGGGGGUAAAACCGGGGGUGGAGGUGUGGCGUCCUGGUCAGAGAGCAAUCGAGACCGACGUGAGCGCCUCCGUCAGCUGGCCCUGGAGACCAUUGACCUGAACAAGGACCCUUACUUCAUGAAAAAUCACUUGGGAUCGUACGAAUGUAAAUUAUGUCUGACUCUUCACAACAACGAGGGGAGUUACCUGGCCCACACCCAGGGCAAAAAGCACCAGGCAAAUCUUGCCAGGCGAGCUGCCAAGGAGGCCAAAGAGGCGCCCCAGACCCUAGCACCAGAGAAACCAAAGGUCGAGCCCAAGAAAUUCGUCAAAAUUGGAAGACCUGGGUAUCGAGUCACUAAACAGAGAGAUCCAGAAACUGGACAGCAGAGUCUAUUGUUCCAGGUGGAUUAUCCCGAGGUAGCUGACAACGUCAUACCCAGGCACAGGUUCAUGUCGGCUUAUGAACAGAGGGUAGAACCUCCCGAUCGUAAAUGGCAGUAUCUCCUGUUCGCUGCCGAGCCUUACGAGACCAUUGCAUUCAAAGUACCUUCCAGAGAAGUUGAAAAGGCGGAAGGAAAAUUCUGGACUCACUGGAACAAGGACACGAAGCAAUUUUUCCUACAAUUCGCAUUUAAGAACGAAAAACCAACGGUUGGAAAGGUCCCACCACCUCCGGUGCCUCUGCUCAGGGGUGGUAUGCAACCCCCAAUGAUGCCUGUACCUCCUCCCCCACGACCACCCAUGUUCCAUGGCGUUCCACCUCCUCCUCCAGCACUACUUGCUGGAGGCAUGCAAAUUCCACCACCUCCACCCCACGUGGCAUGAAGAUGAUGGAGUAAAUUCGUGGUGUAUCGAUUUUUUAAUUUGAAUUUAAUAAAACUGAAGUUGAGUAACGUAAAUAAAUUAAAAUCUAUUUUUAAUUGGUUUCCAA